CCCUCCUAGGCCACCGUGAGUGUGGGUCCCCAACCACAGCCUUACUCCCAAACCACCAAGUCUUGAGUAACAGCUCAAGUUUUCCUGGUUAAUUUGUCGACUGAAGAGCUUAGCAGUCCCACCUGCCAGUGUGAUUGGCAGUUAUUUACUUUGGAGAGCUCUGAAAGACAUUGCCAGAUUGCUGAAGCAUCUAGAAAGUCAUCCUCCCAUCGGAUAUUUCCUGAUUCCCGUGCUAUAAAAGAAGUUGCCUUCCUUGGCAGCAGCAAGGAGACGAGGAAGGAGGAGACCACAAGAGCUGCUGAGACCUCCGGGAAGCCCAGAGAUCAAGGGAGGAGAUGUCGCAUGUCAGAGGCCUCAUUGUCUUCUGGGGACUGCUGGUGCAGACCAUAGUCCAGCUGGAAGGUCUUCCCUUGCUUCCUGCCCAGCUUCCGGUUUUGCCACUGAACAAGGCUGUGUCCAGCCCUGUGAAGCAAGCCCAGCCAUUACCUGCCCUGCCAUUGUCAGCGAGUCCAGACCUGCCCUCGCCUCUGAACCAGGCCCUGGCCUUGCCUGUGGGUCCGGCCCUGCCCACGGAUCCCACAGAGCUUGCUGGAAGCUUGACAAAUGCGCUUAGCAGUGGCCUGCUCACCGGGGAUCUAGCUGGCACCCUGGAAAAUCUCCCGCUCCUGGACCUCCUAGGGACUGGAGGUGCCUCUGGUGGCCUGCUUGGGAACCUGCUGGGAAAAGUGACUUCACUAAUCCCCGGUCUGAGCAGCAUCAUUGAUAUUAAGGUCACCAAUCCCCAGCUUCUGGAACUUGGCCUUGUUCAGAGUCCUGCUGGUCAUCGCCUCUAUGUCACCAUCCCCCUGGGCCUGAUCCUCAAAGUAAACACGCCCCUGGUCGGGAACCUGCUGAAGCUGGCUGUGCAGCUCAACAUCACAGCGGAGAUAAUGGCUGUGAAGGACAGCCAGGGGAAGACCCGUCUGGUUGUUGGUGACUGCACCCAUCCCCCUGGCAGCCUGGAAAUCUCCCUUCUAAAUGGAACCGCUCCCCCGGCCAUCCAAAAUCUUGUAGACAGCCUGACAGGGAUCCUGACCAAAGUCCUUCCCGAUCUGAUCCAGGGCAAGGUGUGUCCUCUGGUAAAUGGGAUUCUGGGCCACUUGGACAUCAGCCUGGUGCACGACAUUGCCCAUCUGUUGAUCAACAAGCUGGAAUUUGUCAUUCGGCUGUAACCCUCCCCAAGCCAGACCGCUCCCUGCUGUUCAGCCCAGCCUGUCCCACCCAGCUGCCUGGGCUCCCAGGGGUGGGUCCACGUGUUCUCCAAGAAACCUGCCCGCCCUGUCCCCAGCAGGUGUAACGUCUCCUCACUCACAAAUAAAGCUGCUCUGUUGCA